AUGCACGUGGUAUAUCAGGAUCUAAUCGAUAUCUCAGACCUGUUAGAUGAUGCUCAUCAAGUUGCAAAUUAUUUUCUUACUGGAGGACCAUUAAAAGGUCAUGCACAUUUUGUGAGAGAAAGAAAUUGCAAUUCAGAUAGUGAAAAAAAUGAAAAUGAAAUAAGUAAUUCAACUAAUAAGUCUAGUACAGAUUCAUCUGUAAAUGAACAAAAUUUAAAUACAACUUCAUCUGAUUCUAUUGUUGGAGCAUCACAUCUACCGACAUUACAUUCUCAUAAUUUACAUUCUCUUUUACAUCCAACUUUAAAUACAUUAAGUAGAGUACCACAGUUACUAUUAGGGAAUAAUUUAUUACAUUCUGUAUUACAUCCUAAUUUACAUCCUCAUAUUAAUGCAUUACAUGAAAUUCCUAGCAGUUUGAUGAAAUCAGCUAGUUUACCAUUAAAUGAUUUAAUGCAUGCUAGAUCAGAACUCCGUAAUAUAUUACAUCCAGAUGGACCACUUCUUGGAAAUAUCAAUAAAGCAUUAGAAAUUACUAAAAAAAGAAAAAGUUUCAAGAAUACUUUGAUGUAUCCAUUUGGACAACAUACUCCUAUUGUGGGAUUAACUCCUAAAAAUUUCCACAAUAAUAUUCCAUUAUCAAGAAUGAUUGAACCUCAUCUUUCAGCACCUCAUCCUCAUCCUAACGGUUAUAUUGUGAAAUAUAUACCUCACAAUAAACAAUCAAAAUUAUAAUAAUCUUUCAAUAUCAAAGAAAAUAAUUUAAAUGUCCAGAAAAAUAUAAUAAAUUUUGAUUACAAUAAAAAAUACAAUAAAGAUAGAAAAAAA